AUGCCAUCAUCUGGACGCUUAGCCGUCGGAUAUGUCCAUGUCAACCUCCUUGUCGUUCCCGUCUUCUUCACCAUCUUGGGGGUGGUCCCCAGUUCUGUAUUCACCCAGGCCCGGCUGUCUGGGUGGCACGAUGCCAUGCUACCAAAAGCAUGCUGUCAGGUUGGACCAGAAGGGAACUUGCAGACGACAAGCAAAGAGCAUGCUUACAACUUGAGCAAGAACAGCGGUCAGAUCGCGCACAGCUUCCACAAGUCGUUGAGCGGUAAGCUCAGUAAUGCCGAUGACGGCACCACGACCAGCAACCGCGCUCGGCGAAUCACCAAAGGCCCCGGCGGCCAUUUCCACUUCGUGUCGGUGCUUGGCAAAAGCCUUGGCGAGCUGAUCGGCUCUCCUGCGAAUCUGUGCGCUGUGCAAGCAUAG